CACGGGCGAGCGGAGCGCCCCGGCCCCGCCGAGCCCGAGCCCUUCUCUUCCGCCUGCGGCGCGGCCGGCCCGGGGCGCUGGCUGUGGCCGCCCCGAUUCCGGGGCCGGGCUGCGCCGCGGAGAGCCCGGAGCCCCCGGCCCAGGCACGACCCCGGUGCCGGUGCCCAGCAGGGCUGCACAGGCAGCGGCCCCCGGGCCUGGGGCAGUCCGGGAUGCGGCCCAGGAGCGGGGCCGCGGCGGACAGUGCUGGGAGAACUGGCCCCCCUGCUCGGGGCCGGGCCGGGCUCUUGCGACAGGCGCUGGGGGUGUUGGGCAAGGGGAUGUGCUCACCUGGCAGGACGCUGAUUGCGCCCCGGCCUGCCCGGGUAUCACAGGGGUGCUGGCAGGGACCCAGGCAUCAGGCCAGAGGCAGGUUGAGGAGGAAGUGACACCGUCCCUAGGGAGGGUGUGAUCAGGUGACACAGGGAUUAGGAUUGAGGUGUUGCUUAAAAACCAGGCAAGAGCCAGGUGUGGGCAGGCGUUGGGUUGCCCCAAUUGUAGAGGAGGCUGUGGGGAGGCCGGACUGCUGGCACUGGCGUUUCCCAGGGACGACAGCAUGCGGCAGCCCCGACACACGGAGGUACUGGAGCAGCCCCACUCUCGACACCCCUCGCCGCUGGGCCAGGCUGUGUGGACAUCGCUGAGGCUGGAGCAGCCCGUGUUCACCUCCCUUUCUUGCUCGCAGCUCCGGGUGCUGCUGACAUACGCAGGGCCCAGCCGCGAGAGGCGGGCAGGCAGCGUUGGCACCAUGUGGGCUGGCUGUGCCCACAUCUUGGCCUGGCUCCUGCUGAUCCAGGCAGCGCCCAGGGUGGCAGGCAGCUGGCCCUGCAGUCCCAAGUACUUUGGAAAGGACUUCAUGGUGUGCGAGUGCAAUGCCACGUACUGCGACACGCUGGACCCUGUCACCCUCCCACCUGUGGGCACUUUCGUCAAGUACGAGAGCAGCAAGGCUGGCAAGCGGCUGGAGCGCAGCGAGGGCAAGGUGCAGAGGAACCUCUGGGCCCCAGGUUUCAUCUUGACCCUGGACACGGCGCAGCGGUACCAGAAGGUGAAGGGCUUCGGCGGAUCUGUCACAGACGCAGCCGCAAUCAAUAUCCUGUCCCUGUCCCAGAAGGUCCAGGACAACCUGCUGCGGUCCUACUUCUCCGAGGAAGGCAUUGAGUACAACCUCAUCCGCAUGCCCAUGGCCAGCUGCGACUUCUCCGUUUACCCCUACACGUACGAUGAUGUCCCAUACGACUAUGAUCUCGUGCACUUCCGUCUGAAGCAUGAGGAUACAAAGCUGAAAAUCCCGGUGGUGCACCGGGCACAGGCCAUGUCCAAGAGGCCGAUCUCACUGUGUGCCAGCCCCUGGACCUCCCCCACCUGGAUGAAGACCAAUGGGGACGUGAAGGGGAAGGGCAGUCUGAAGGGCAGUGCAGGUGACAAGUACCACAAGACCUGGGCCAACUACUUUGUCAGGUUCCUGGACGAAUAUGCCAAGCACAACCUGACAUUCUGGGCGGUGACGGCGGAGAACGAGCCCACAGCUGGACUGAUCAGAAACUACCCCUUCCAGUGCCUGGGCUUCACCCCCGAGCAGCAGCGGGACUUCAUCGCCCUUGACCUAGGCCCAGCGCUGGCCAACAGCUCGCACAAGGGCAUCCAGCUCAUCAUACUCGAUGACAACCGCAUCCAGCUCCCUCACUGGGCCAAAGUGGUGCUGGGGGAUGAGCGGGCUGCUCGCUAUGUUAACGGCAUCGGCGUCCAUUGGUACCUGGACUUCCUGGCACCCAUCGAGGACACUGUGCUAGCUACCCACCACCUCUUCCCCAACUACUAUAUCUUGGCCACUGAAGCCUGCGUUGGGUCCAAGUUCUGGGAGAGACCUGUCGUUCUGGGCUGCUGGGACCGGGGGAACAUGUACAGCCACAGCAUCCUGACAAACCUGAACAACUACGUCACAGGCUGGACCGACUGGAACCUGGCGCUGGACCUGGAGGGUGGCCCCAACUGGGUCAAGAACUUCGUGGACAGCCCCAUCAUAGUUGACAGCCGAGAGAACAUCUUCUACAAGCAGCCCAUGUUCUACCACAUGGGGCACUUCAGCAAGUUCAUCCCUGAGGGCUCACAGCGUGUGGGGCUUGUUGCUUCCAGGUCAUGCAAGAAGUGUGCCCUGGAGUAUACGGCCUUCCUGCGCCCUGAUGGUGCCGCCAUUGUCGUGGUCCUGAACAGGUCGCUGAGGAGUGUGGACUUCAGGCUGGUGGACAAUGGCCGUGUCAUCAAAGCCACAUCUCCGGCUCAGUCUAUCCAGACCUACCUGUGGAGGCGGAGGUGACUGGGCCUGAGAGUCCAGUGAGAGAAGGCCUUGGCCAGCAGCAUCCAUAAGCUGCCCUGUGUGGCAAGAAGAGGCUCUGGCCACUGCUGAUGGCACCAGGGGGGUUGCAUGGUGGGUGCAGGUGCCUCCCCCAGAGUGGGUCCCUGGCCCCUUGGUUGCCCCAGACAAACCCAGGGAGCUGUCACCCUUGUGACCACUUAGCUGCCUCAUUGGGCUUGGACACAUGGGGGCAUCAGGAUGCCGGCACCCAGAACGGGUGCCUUUGACUACUAUUUAAAUGGAAAUAAACAUGCUAAUGAAG